AUGAGUACAAAUGCUGAAUCAUCUACAUUGUUAGAUCAAGAUAGAAUACAGAAUUUUCUCAAUAGCGAUGGAAGCUUAGACGUAUUGUUAAAUAGACUCAAACAAAGUAUAACUACAGGAGAGGAAUUCUCCAAGUUUGUUAAAAAGAAGGCAUUAAUCGAAGAUGAACAUUACAAUCAAUUAAAGAAAUUUGCCUCUCAUACAAGAACUACUAUGAAGAGUUCAGCUAAAUUAAAAAAUGACUCUUUCAGUAAUAAAUUGGACUCAAUUAUUGAAUUUGACGAGAAAUUAUUUAACGUGGGUAGUUCAUAUGUUAAGGCGUUGAAUGUUAUGUAUGAUGAAUUGACAUCGUUAGUUGGCACAGUUUCGAGAUCAAGAAAGACUAUAAAGGAAGAAAGUAAGAGAAAAGAAAAGGAAUGUCUGGACGCCAUAAUGACAGCUGAAAAGGCAAAACAAAAAUACUUUCAUCUCUGCGAUGAUUUGGAAAAGUUGAAAGCAUCUGAUCCAAAUAAGAAGUCUUUUUCAUUGAAGAACAAAUCAGCAGAGCAACAGGAAGACGAUUUACAAAGAAAAGUGGAUGCUUCUGAUCAAGAUUAUAAGCUGAGAGUUACAACUUGUAAAAAGUUAAAGGAUGAAAUUUUGAUGAUGCAUAGACCAGCCAGUUCGAAGAAGUUAAAGAACUUAAUUUUGGAAAUGGAUAUUGCUAUGAAUGUUCAAUUGCAAAAGUAUGCAACAUGGAAUGAGAAUUUGAUUAUGAAUUCAGGUGUUCUAAUUUCACCUUUGAGACAAGAAGGUUCGUCGAAAACUUCUAUGAAAGCAUUGGCAUCUUCUAUCGAUAACGAAAAAGACUUAUAUAAUUAUUUGAUCAAGUAUGAAAAGCUGCCAUCAAAUAAGUCACUUGUCCCAGUUGAAUACAGAGUGCAUCCGUCGAUAGCCAAAACCCAGAAGCCUAGCAAGCCCUUCUUGAAUAACAGCAGUAGUACCAAUAAUACAAAUGUUGCUCCUGGUUUUAAUAAUUCUAGCAGCAACCGUGGCGAGAGCAUAACAAACAAUACCAAAGCGAUAAACAAUGCUAAUAUGUCCAAUAAUACUACCAAUUCAUCCUUUUCAGCACCAUCAAAUAAAAACGCACAAGCAUCUAAGCUUAAUUCUGAUUCACAUGAGCACGCCGAUAAUGAGCCAGGCAACCAAACAUACAGUUCAUUGGACCCAGCAAGCAGUCCUAACACUCCUGAUUUGAAUGGUCCAAGAUCAUUAAGUUCACAAUUAAAUCAAGCAACACAACCAACAUUUGGUGCUUCAAUCGAAAAUGUAAUUCAAUUUGCAGGCAUUGAUAAUGUUCCAUUGGUAGUCAAAAAAUGUAUUGAAGUAAUCGAGAAUUACGGCAUGGACAUCGAGGGGAUAUAUAGAAAGAGUGGUAAUGUUACUACAGUCCAAAAUUUGAAAGAUUCUAUUGAUCAAAAAUUUACUAAUUAUUUGUUGAUAGGUAAUAAUAUCGAUCCAAAUAAUGUAUUGGAUGCUGACAUAUAUUGCAUUGCAUCAUUAUUAAAGUGUUAUUUUACUAGUUUGCCAGAGCCAUUAUUGACUAAAGAAUAUUAUCAGUCGUUUAUUGAAACGGUCAAAUCCUUGGAUGAAACCUAUAUCGCCAAAAAAUUACAUCAUUUAGUUUUCAAUUUACCUGAUGGUGCUUAUUUUACAUUAAGAGCUUUGAUAUUCCAUUUAAAUAAAGUUGCAGCUGAUGAAGCUCCAAAUAGAAUGACAACCAAGAGUUUAGCCAUAAUAUGGGGACCGGCAUUGUUGAAUGAUAAUUCAAUGAGCCCUCAAGAUUUAAGUUAUAAAAGUAAAGUUAUUGAAGAGUUGAUGCUUAUUGCUAAUGAAAUUUUUGAUACCGAUGAUUAA